CCUGAGCACUUUCUCUCAAGGAUAUGAUAUGAACGCUAGUGCAAAUGGUCGGCUGCUCUCUGCUGCUACUAUUCUGUUCUUUUUUAUUUUAUAUUAUUUUCAUUUCCUCUCCCUUGGAGCCUCUCCUUCCCAACACAAGACAUGCUAAAGGGGGAUCAGCGACACCUAAACUUUGAGCUCAUGGGUUAACUACAGCCUUCAAGCCGGUGACUGAGAUAGGAGCAAGACAGACACCUGCACAAGAGAAAAGGAUGGCAGAGACAGAAAGGGAAAAAACGACCUACGCUGCAAGUUUUAAAAUCACCAUCAGCGUCUCAAGACUACUUCUCAUCUCUGUGGAAAUGUGAGGGAGGAAGAAACCAGAGUGAGUGAGCAUGGCUGCCUUGAAACAUCCGAUUACCUUUUACCUUCAUGCACUGUGAAGCUUUUUUCUGUUUUUUUGAUAUUGUUUUUAAUUUGUUGUCAACCUUCAAUGUUUUUGCUCAAGAGACAUGAGAAAAACUAAAAGAUGUCAGCAACUUUAGGUGCCCCAAGAAUUAAAUGCCUUUGAGCAGUGCAAACACUUUGUGAACAAAGCUCUGAUGUGGAACUUCAUUACUGAAGUCAAUUUCGUAUUUAUCUCUUUACGGCAAUGUACCCGACUGUUGAUCCCUGGUAUUGAUCAUUUUUAAAUGUACAUUUUCAAAAAUAUAAAUAAAAAUAACUAGGAACACCUGAUGAACAGAAGAAAACUUGCAUGUUAUUAAUUUUCUUUUUGUUAUAAACCCUUAGAAUUUGGUGCUGGAAGCCUGAACCACUUAACCAUUUUAAUUCAGAAAAUGUCCUCUUCAGACUAGUAAUUUAUUUCAAUUUCUUCUGUCCUCUUCACCUUUUCCUUCUUUAUGAUCCACUCCAUUAUCUUUUAUUCUUUAAAAACUAGUCACACAUGUUUUUUGUCACCCUAUAACCUAUAAGAAAUACACCACAGCUGUGAAAAGAAAUUCAACAUGGCUGCAGGUGUGGCAACAUGGCUGCCUUUUGCACGGGCAGCAGCUGUGGGUUGGCUUCCUCUAGCCAAGAAAUCCAUGCCUAAACCUCCCAGUGACAAUAAAAGUCGCAAUGAUGAGAUCCUUAUUGUUAAUGUUAGUGGGCAGCGUUUCCAGACAUGGAAAAACACCCUAGAUCGCUAUCCAGAUACUCUCUUAGGAAGUUCUGAAAAGGAAUUUUUCUAUAAUGAAGAAACGCAAGAAUAUUUUUUCGACCGAGACCCAGAGAUGUUUCGACACAUCCUUAACUUUUACCGCACUGGGAAGCUUCACUACCCUCGGCAUGAAUGCAUUCAAGCUUUCGACGAGGAACUUGCCUUUUAUGGGAUAAUCCCAGAAAUCAUUGGUGACUGUUGCAUGGAGGAGUACCGGGAUCGCAAGAAGGAAAACUUGGAACGUUUGGCAGAAGACACAGAAGCGGAAAUGUCCACAGACGCACCACUUCCUCCAGACAGCACAUCCCGGGAGCGGCUCUGGAGAGCCUUUGAGAAUCCUCACACAAGCACCAUGGCCCUGGUUUUCUAUUAUGUCACAGGAUUCUUCAUUGCGGUUUCAGUAAUUGCCAAUGUAGUGGAAACUGUCCCCUGUAGACCACCAAAAGGAAGAGUGAAAGACUUGCCCUGUGGUGAGAAAUACUCCCUAGCUUUUUUUUGCAUGGACACUGCCUGUGUCAUGAUUUUCACCUUUGAGUACCUAAUGAGACUUUUUGCUGCUCCUAGCAGGUGUAAGUUCAUGCGAUCUGUGAUGAGCAUUAUAGAUGUGGUGGCCAUCAUGCCUUAUUACAUUGGUUUGGUGAUGCCAGAGAAUGAGGAUGUCAGUGGGGCCUUUGUCACUCUUCGUGUGUUUCGAGUUUUUCGGAUUUUCAAGUUCUCCCGGCACUCCCAAGGGCUACGGAUCCUUGGGUACACUCUAAAAAGUUGUGCUUCUGAGCUGGGUUUUCUUCUCUUCUCUCUUACUAUGGCCAUCAUCAUAUUUGCCACUGUCAUGUUCUACGCUGAGAAAGGCACCAAAGAGACAAACUUUACCAGCAUCCCUGCAGCCUUCUGGUACACCAUAGUCACCAUGACAACACUGGGUUAUGGAGAUAUGGUUCCUAACACCAUUGCUGGUAAGAUCUUCGGAUCCAUCUGCUCUCUGAGUGGUGUUCUGGUUAUCGCUCUGCCUGUUCCAGUUAUUGUGUCCAACUUUAGCCGUAUUUACCAUCAAAAUCAGAGAGCAGACAAGCGAAAGGCACAGCAGAAAAUUCGUCUAGCGAGAAUCCGCCUGGCAAAGAGUGGGACUACGAACGCCUUCCUACAGUACAAAGAACACGGGGGGCUAGAGCAGGACCGACACAGCGGGAGCCAGGCUUUGUGUGUGAGGAACAGGUCAUCCUUUGAACAGCAGCAUCAUCAUCUUCUUCAUUGUCUGGAAAAGACCACAAACCAUGAAUUCACAGAUGAGCACACUUACAGCGAGGUAUGCAUGGCUGAGUCAGUAGGAUAUCGGACAAGCCGCAGCACCUCCAUCUCCAGCCAUCAAGGGCUAUCAACAUCCUGUUGUCCACGCAGAGCUAAGAGGAGAGCCAUCCGUCUUGCCAAUUCAACAGUAUCUGUUAGUCGGGGAAGUGUACAGGAGCUCGACACACUUCAUAUACAAAAGAGCUCCAUUGUUCCACAAAGCCGCUCAAGCCUGAAUGCCAGGACUCAAGACCUAAAGCUAAACUGUGAUGACACGGAUUUCACAGCAGCCAUCAUAAGCAUUCCGACACCUCCAGCCAACACUCCUGAUGAGAGCCUUCCAUCGUCGCCUGGCAUCCCCAGCAUACUUCGUAACUCACGCCAGCUGGGGGACUGCUCUGGCUCCUUUACUCAUGAAACAGUGAAAAUCUCCUCUUUGUAACAGAAGCCAAGCACUCCGGUGUGAGAACUGAAAACCAUAGAACACAUGUCUGCUAUGCAAGAGAGAACAAUGUUGAUCAUCACUCUGCAAAGUCAGCGAACAUAUGCUUUGCAAUUUAUAUAUAUAUAUAUAUAUAUAUAUAUAUAUAUAUAUAUAUAUAUAUAUAUAUAUAUAUAAGAAACACCUGGGAUAUCUUGGAGAACAACAAGCAAUGUAUAGCAAAUCAAACUUUUUACCGCAGAUACAACUUAGUCUAUACAAUACUAAUAGAAGACCAUAGGUAAUACUGUAGGUCAGGAAUACAACGUUUACAGUUAAGUAUAACUUCCACAAGUUAAACUGUGUCAAUACAGUGAGGUAUGGAAAGGGAGAUAUUAGUGAAAUAAAAACACAGAUAAUAGCAGAAAAGUGGAGCAGACCAAUGUGAAUAUUUAUCAUGUGGAUAAUGAUAAUUCAACUUGUUUAAAAGUGUGGUCAAGAAAAGAAAAAAAUGCAUUAACAGUAUUUGUGUUACACGCAUUGAAAUAAACAGGAAUUACCAUUUCUUCUUCAGCAAUGAUGGCAAGAGCAACAGGCGAAAAUCACAAGUUUCAGUCACAGUAAAGUAAGCUACUGUACAUCAAAUAAACAAAAAUAUGGCAGGAAAAGAGUGAAGUAAUGGUUAAGCAUUAGUUUUAGCCAAACAAACUUGUGGGAUGAAAAGUGUAAGCAUCUAAUCGAUGUUGUAUUUUAGAUCCUAAUAAGGCAGACAUUGAGCAGUUUACUUGCCACCUUGCUGACAAACAGUGCAUGUACUCCAGAGCUGGUGGAAUGGCAGAACACUUCCACUCUUGUGGCCUACUUUGCAUGUUUUAUCUCAAUUUUUGAGGGUACUUGGGGCCUUUUUUAAAGACAAAAAAAGCAAAUUAACUAAAACAAAAUUGCUGCACUUGGACUGUACCAUAGAAAAUAAAUAAACUCCACUUCUAAAAAGAAAACAAAAAUCGUUUUAGCAUGUUCAUGGAAAUUUGAUAUUUGCUAAAGGGAAAAGGAAGUGAAUGAUGGGACUGAAGCUCAAUAUUGAAAUGUAAAACACAGAUAUAUGCAUGGAUACCGUUGUAGGUAUUGGGUUUAUACUGAUAUGGUCAAAAGCAGAUAUACACAAGACAAAACAAGUUUUAUUAUCAGAGAGAACGACAAAGCAAGAAGGGAGAUGGAAAUUCAAGCCUGUGGCCUGAUAACUGUGCCCAGCAAGCCUGGGACAGCCUGGUUAUGUUUGGUGGAAUGGUCUAGGGCAGUACACCUAUUUCCAUUACCCAGGGCAAGACAUAAAUUACAGAUAUCUACAUGUGCAUCACUCAAGAUUGCAUUUUUACUUGAUUUGUAUUAAUUUGCCAAAGACCACCUACUACAGCAGAACAUUUAACCUCCUAGGUGAAUUUGCAGCAGUCAGCCAGAUUUAGAGUCGGAUUGGUGGUCCAAUGUCUAUUUAAGUACAGUACUACCAAGACAGUCAACCUGUGUGCCCUUACAUUGUGCCUAAAUGAGACAACAACAACAUUUAUUUAUAUAGCACAUUUUCAUACAAAUAAUGCAGCUCAAAGUGCUUUACAUGAUGAAGAAAGAGAAAAAAGACAAAA